AGAACAACAAACAGUGACGCCAUACUAGGACGUUCACCGUUCACCGAGGGUUUUCUUGAAGGAUCCCGUGCGAUCGUCUCGACGAGGAAACUCGGUGUUACCCUCUCCGCAAUCUCCAUAAUCUACGCGGGGCUGAAUCGUUCGAAGGAAGAGCCUCGCCAUUAUGGGCACGAUGCAGGAGUACCAAGCGGAGAGCAUUGCCCAUAACAACUUGUUCGAGAAGUUCCAGGAGUAUUACUCGAAUGAAGAGUUCUUGGACACGACGCUCGUCUGCAAGGAUGGUUCUGCGAGGGCUCAUAAAAUCGUCAUCGCUUCGCAGAGCAAGUUCUUCGAAGAAGUCCUCCUCAACAAUCCGUGCAAGCACCCGGUGAUCGUCAUGCUAGACAUGGACAUAGAAACUCUCAAGUGUCUUGUGGACUACAUGUACCACGGAAAAGUGAGUUUCAAAGCUCCCAUUUUGGAUAACUUCGUGAAGGCCGCCAAUAUCUUGGGACUCAACAGUGUCAUACAGGAGGUCGGAGAGCUUCCCAAGCCCGAAACUCAGAACGCAGCUGAGGCCGAGCAAAACAUGAGCGAUAACAGUCCUCUAGAAGUAUCCGAAAUGAUGGCAGAUGGCCAGCUGGUUCAAAUGCAGGCUAUCGGAGGAGGCGACGAAGAGAACAGUGAGAGUUUCGCGAUGGAUUCUGGCGUGAACUCCGAAGCACUGGGUGGCUCACCCGAUAGCGAGUCACCAUCCUCGAGGACAAUCGUCGUCGCCAAACGGAAACCCAUCGCGAAAUCUCUCUCAUUGGCUCGCACGCAAAUGAAUUCCAGCAUAAGGACUGCGAUACGAUCGAGCUGCCCCAAGAAGAGAUUCGAUAUCGUAGCGCUACGUAACAAGCCUCUCGAAGCGAGUGAGGUCUCGUUCGUUCCUCGCAAGGAACACGUUGACCGGAUCGAAGCGGGCCUGAUUGCCGAGAACCCCGGUGAAACUUUGGACGAUGUUGUUUCUGUACAUUAUAAGGUUGUUGCUGACCCUCAAGGAGUUCGAACGCACCAAUGCAUGUUGUGUCCUCACACGGCGACUUUCCCGUCCAAUAUGAAGCGACACAUCAUGGCCCACCUAGGAAUAAAGCCCUUCAAGUGCGCUUAUUGUGACUUCCAGUCGACGUUACGCGGAGAUCUUACUGUUCACUUGAAGAAGCGUCAUCCUCAGGAUGACGGGCACGGGAUGAUAAUCCUGAAGUGAAUUCUUGUCCAACUAAGCCUCAAUAAGUUAUGCAUCAUCUCAGAGCCUGUAUAUUAUGUAAAUAAGAAAUUUUCAUCCGAAACUUUCGGAAGACCCAUCUCAAG